GGCUAGAAGUUUGUCUACUUCCAAGAACUUGUUUGGUUUUUUGCCCUGUUGUUACUAAAGCUUCAGGCUUUUGAUGCUUGAGUAAGAAGUCCUUCUACUUCUUCUUCGUUGGGACGGGCGUUGGUAGAAUUUAUUUUGCCUUUUAUACUAUUUCGAUUUAGAGACAUAUUCUAUUAGCAUGUCUUCUCCUGCGAGUUCCAAGGACAGCUGCUCCUCCGACGAGGAUAUUCAACCAGAUAUUCAACCAGCAAAGGAGCGCAAAGUUCAAGUGUCUACUUUACCUUUCAGUGUGGAGGCUUUGAUGGCUGACAGAAAGACUCACAGCGAAUUCCCACCGAAAUCAGAAGAUACAGUGCUUGGCACUCCCAGGACACACAACUCUUUAUCCAUUCCCAGAGAUACUUACAGCCCUGAGGAAUUUCCUAAACAUUUUGUCCCGACGUCCCCGGUCAAAUCUGAAACUUCUGAGCAGGAGGAAUGCGCACCUUGGGUGACAAGUUCAAGAUUCUCCCCACCGCCCCGGCAGCUGAGCCCUACCACCUGCUCGUUAAGGAAGCACAAAACCAACCGCAAACCUCGGACUCCCUUCACCACCUCCCAGCUCCUGGCCCUGGAGCGCAAGUUUCGUCAGAAGCAGUACCUAUCCAUCGCGGAAAGGGCCGAGUUCUCCAGCUCCCUCAACCUCACGGAGACGCAGGUCAAAAUCUGGUUCCAAAACCGGAGGGCCAAGGCAAAGAGACUGCAGGAGGCAGAGUUGGAAAAACUGAAAAUGGCGGCAAAGCCCAUGCUCCACCCAGGAUUCACAUUACCUUUCCCCAUCAACUCUCCUCUCCAGUCAGCCUCUCUGUAUGGACAGUCAUACCCCUUCCAUAGGCCUGUUCUUCCUAUGUCAUCAGUAGGACUUUAUGCUGCACCAGUUGGAUACAGCAUGUAUCACCUAUCGUAGAUGGACCAGGCUGAGAGCUACAAGUGAGAGGCAGUAUGAAAUAUAAAAUCAGCUUUUGGAAUUUUGCUCUUUUAAAAAAAAAUGCCCUCCAGAGAAAUUCUGUUUCAAUGUUUUCUGCAUGAUAUGAACACAAAACCUGACAAGAGGUACGAUGCAUUCCAGUACUGUCGUUUGCAGCACUCCAGGUUCUGUAGUUAAACACAAAUACAACUUGUUACAAAUUGUCACGUACCAGAAUUCUAAUGAUUUUAAAUAAGCAGACUCAAAACAAGCACAUAAAAAGGCCCUGGUUAGUGGAAUGGCCUCUGUUUUAAACUGAAUAACAGUGCUGUCCAUUGUGUAAAAGAAAAAAAAUCUCUCAGAAAUGAACUUAUCUGUUUGUUUCCUAUUCAGGCUACCUACUAUGCUCUCUUCAAACUCUUCCCUAUUAAGAAGCCUAUUGUUUUUUCAAUUUAAUGCACAUUCAUUUCCAAGACACCUUCUCAUUUUUGCACAUUGAAAUUGAAUCUUCAUUUAAUAUGUUGAGCCCCAUCGAAAGGCUCCUACAGAAUAGUAAAAUCAUUUACUUUUUUUUGGUUAGAAAUAUAUCUGCUUUUUUCUCCCUAAUUUAUUGAGAUGUUCCAAUAUUUCUGUAUAUCUUUUAUUUUACUGUAGUAGGUGACAAUGUGUUAACUGACAGUCACAUCACGCACGUAAGCUGCAAAAUAUUUCUUGCAUUGUUAUAAAUGAAAUCACUCCUUUUCUCAGAAGAUUAGACUGUCUCUGACAACUGGGAUUAUGUGGUAGUUUUUGUUGCUAUUUUGGUUUCCAACAAUAGAAUUUCUUAUUCUCUUUCAAGUUUCAUAUAAGCAGUGAAUACUGCAGAGUAAGCAACAGAAAUGAUCUUCCAAGAAUAUGUUUCCCAGGGUUUGUGUUUGUAGCUGUUUUUACAAAUUUCACAACAAUACCUCUUUUCUUUCAAUCUCUAGAAUAAUUUGGAAAUUAUUGCUCUGCAUCCUUCCCUAGCUAAAAUAAAAAUAGCUAAUUAUUUGUUUUGUAUUGCACAUCCAAGAGAGUUCUGCUUACUGUAUCUUGUUUUUCUGAAAUUGCUACAUGUAUAUCUGGGGGGUCAUGUUUUGUGUUUCUAGCAUGCAGUUUAAACAUUGGAUCAUACAAGAGUUUAGAAAAAUUGCAAAUAUAUCAAAAUAUUUUUAGUUUUGGAUUGCUCCUUUGAAAGGAGUGGUAUUGUACAGUUUUAUAAGUGCCAUCAAAGAUGUAUUGAUUUUAUCCUUUAUAUCUCUAAUUUGAUAUUAAAUUAAAAGUGUGUUUUUAUCAGUCUUAUUUCCCUAUCUCCUUAACUACAUUCCCAAGUACAGUAAUUGAGUAUUGGAUUCUUUAGUCACAUCAAAGAUUGCUACUCACAACAUUUUGAUUUGUCAGCAUGUUAUAUUAACAGUUUGCACAAGAAAAGCCUGCAUUUUUUAUUCAGCUUUUAACAACUGGUAUAUGAGUUAUUCAUUUAUUAAAAAAUAAAUAAUCUUUAAUCCACAUUUUUUUUUCUAUUUUAAUCAUUCAGAUUUGGAUUAGAAUACAUUUUGAGCCAUAGGAUUGAAAGUAAUCUCGCUUUGAAGUUCUUAUUAGAACUUAUUUUGAGACCUCCCAACUACAGUACGUGAUCAGAAUAAAAUCCCUAAUUGAGCUUGAGGAACAAUGCCAGAACUACACAUGAAGAUUUAACAACAUUAAAGAUAAUUAUUGUGCUGAGGCAAGAUACUUUGCCUGAAACAUUACCUUCUAACACAUUUGAAUGCAGUGUACUGAAAUACUGAAAUAUUGAAUUUUUUAGUUUGAGUGAAAACAAGAAACCAGCUCUGAAUACAUAAAAAGUAACAUUUACAAUGGUCCAAUGGCAGGUUUUUCAUAGUUUGUAAAAAUAAUAAUGGAGCUUGUAAACCAAAAUGGUUUUGCAGUGCUAAUUUAAGUAUAGAAUUACAAGCUUUCCUCACAAAGAUGCAAUUAAAAUCAUUGUGACUGCAUGCCAGCAUUUAUUCUGUACAAGUGAGCCAGCGCUCUGAUCAACCUGAUACGUCAGCAAAGUGUGUCAGCGUUGAAUUGACUGUAUUCAUAUUAACUGAAUAGGUAAAAACAAAAAUCAGACCACGUGAGAGGUGUUUUUCACUCUCCUGAGAAAUUAGAAUGUUAUCCUAACUGGAUGAUAACCACCCAAUAGCUUCUCCCAUUGUUUUGAUUUAUGGAAGCCACCAAAAAACACAGAUUCAAAUAGUUUUUCUUGUUUACAAUUAUCCAGUACACUAAAACUCCUGACAGCUACUUAACUGAAGAAGGCACAAAAUUAAUACUGUAUAAUAUUCACUGUAUAAUAGAUUGGACCCAGAAAUUAAACAUUCUAUAGUAUUUAUGUUAUACAUAAAAACGUUUUUCUAUUUUAGGUAAAAUAUAUGCAUUUCAUGCACAGUGCAACAUUUUUAAGAU